UGAACCCAUGGUACAGUCGACGCCACCUCCUGUUGACCGGGUGUACGUUCGAAGGGCCGUGAUUCGCAGGAGUCGGAGAGCACAACUUUGCAGUGUUCUGGAUUGGCAAAGGAUUGACAUUGCCAGUAUGGUCUCACAGCGACGGGGUGGCCGUGGCGGCAGUGGCCUUGGAAAACUCUGGAAUCAUCUCCGGCUGCAUGCUCAUCUUCUGAUGAUGGAUGCCGGGUGGAAGAUCGAGGGAAAGGAAAGGGGGGACAAGAGUAAGGUCGAUCUCAUGUACGAGUCGCCCGACAAAAUAAUGCGCCUAGUUUCCCUUCCCAAGGCUUGGAAAUGCUUUGGUCAGUGGUUGCUUAUUCAGUCGUCCAGAUUUGAUGGAAAUGACUAUGGAAAGGAAUGGAUGAACAUGUAUGACUUUUUGUAUGAUUUGAAGAACACACUCUUAUGCUUAGAGCAUGAGGUCCGGCUUCCGAAGCAAUCUCUAUCCUUCCUCCACCAGUGGCAGCUUCUUGAUCCUUUCAUGGCAGUAGUUUGCAUUGAUAAGAAGGUUGCAGCUCUGAGAAACGGAGUUGCACUGAAAGCUGUGAACAGCACAGUUACAUUCCUCAGCCAUAGUGAGAGUAAGCGGCUGUUUCGUAGGAAUGCUAACAAGCCACUUGGGCUGAACUAUCCAAGCAGCUAUAACAAGGCGCAUCCCAGGUCACGGAAAAAUCUUCUGCCGCUUCUUCUAUCUGAUGGCCAGCCUCACAAUGAGGAAAACCUGCACAAUGGACACUCUUCUAUGUCUGGAUCAAGUAAGCAUAUUCGAUAUGAAGUGGAUCAAAGGUCACUGACCAUCGAAAAAAUAAAUGAAAGAAGCAUCAGAAGUACUGCUCAUCAUACAGUGAAAGGUCUCCAAGAUGCAGCUGAUCAUGUCAGUUCAAGGCCUACUUAUUUUAGUGCAGAAAAGGAGCUUUCAUACUCAAAAAUGGAUCGGAAUGUUCAAGAUGAGUCUGAUCCGCUAUAUGUCCCGCGUAAUUAUUCUUCAGCUCACCUGGUUGAAAAUGUGCAAACUGAUGGUCCAAGUUCUCAUUUCUGUGAAGUGAUGGAAACUGUGGAUGCAGGCAAUUCUGCAGAUGGUCCUUCUGACGAGUGGCUCAUAAGACCAGACUUUCUGUUUACUCAUGAGGUUGACAAGAUGAUCCUUGGGAGAACAGAUGAUGUCAACAAUGAACAUCAUAGUGCUGCACUUGUCUCUGAGUACCAAGUGGGAAAUGAGAAUGUAAUGAAUGGACCUUCGUCUGGUACAUUAUCACUACCAGAAGAAAAGGAUUCAUGCUUCGAAGCUAUCAGAGAUGACUUCAACAAUGAACAUGAUGUUGCUGUUGUCCCUGAACUCCAAGUGGGAAAUGAACGUGUGGGGAAUGAACCUUGUGCUGGUUCAUUGUCACUACUAGCAGAAAAGGAUACAAACUAUGAAGCAAAAGAGGUUAGCCUGGAAGAGAUGUCAAAAACAGGACAGUUGUCAUCUGAAGCCACUGGUAGCGAAUUGAUGAUUGCCGAACCGCAAGUACUGUUUGUGUCCCCGCAAGACGGGAGACUCUCAUUCAUGAACAGCAGUACCUACAGCCAGGAGAUGUGGAGUUGCCUUAAUUUACCUCAUGACAACAUGGGGGCUAACAUGCAGCUGGACGACCAGCCAUCGGCUUACGAAGCGAGCUUGAUUCAGGGAUUCUUAUAUCUUGAUAGUGAGGGUUCUCCAAUUGGUUGGGAAGUAAUAAACGUAGAACCUCCUAGGCAGUUGUUCUGUGGCCCUUCUUCGGAACCAAACUUAAACGUGUCUGGCCAUUGUGGUGAACUGAGCAUGGAAAAUCAGGCACCGACAUCGGGACAAAUGCAAAUAUCAGAGUUUGAUCCAAAUCCAAGUAAGAAGGGGCAAAAAAGGUCUGAGAAGGUUGCAGAUAUCCAAGACAAAGUUAGCAGGAAGAAACAGAAAGUAAACGACGGUCAUAUAAGUGACUGCAUAAUUGGUCAAUGCAUGGGUAGUAGAGCUGAAAAUCCCACUGGUUGUUUAGCUUAUAGUGAGGAACUGCAGAUAAGUGCAUCAAUCAGUGAGCAGGCCCGUUUGAAUCUAGUGCACAAAAUGAAAGUCCACAAAGAACAAGAUGAAGAUAGUAGUGAACCCCCAAAACAACUCAUGUCAGAACAACCGCUCAAAAAUGAUGUCAAGUUUGGGAAGAAACCAUGGAGUCGUAAAUCCAGGUUUGACGAGGAUGAUCUUUUGAUGUCAGCUGUAAUAUAUAGGCUGACUGCCCGUUACAGGAACUCUUUUAAUCGAAUGCUCAUAAAUAGAGCUGGCUUCAAAUGUCUUCCCAGAUCUCGCUGGGAGGAUGAAGAAAAAUGUGACCAGAAGAGGUUUCCUGAAGGAGCAAGAACGGUGUUGAGCAAGUUACUUGAGAUGGGCAUUGUUGGUACAGAGAAUGUUCUUCAAUAUAAAAGGCCAGGAUACAAACACGUGCUGAAAGGUGGGAACAUAACCAAGCAUGGAAUUCGGUGCCGGUGUUGUGACACCACAUUUACCAUGUCCAACUUUAGGUGCCAUGCAGGUCUCAGACAAAAAACCCCCUCUCUGAAUCUUUUCUUGGGUUAUGAUAAAUCCUACAGCCUAUGUCAGCUUCAAGCAUGGUCUAUUGAGUAUAAGGCGAGGAAAGAACGUGCAAUGGAUACUAUGUCACUACAAGCAGAUGAAAAUGAUGACACUUGUGCAUUAUGUGGUGAUGUCGGUGAACUAAUAUGCUGUGACAACUGUCCUGCUAGUUACCAUCAGGCCUGCUUGCCUUGUCAGGAAAUUCCAGAUGACAGCUGGUACUGUUCUAGCUGCCUGUGCAAUGUUUGCGGGGAAGUGGUCAAUUCAAAGGAUCCAAAAACUAUCCUACAUGCUUUAGAAUGCUCACAGUGUGAAUGUCGAUAUCACAUAAACUGUGUAUCGGGUAAAGUUUUGUGUGAUGAGGAAGGUGGAACUGGUACCUGGUUUUGUGGAAGAAGAUGCCAACAGAUUUAUACAGCCAUGCGUUCUCUUGUUGGAAUACCUGAUCACACCGGUGACGAAUUUUCUUGCACCAUACUUCGUAACAAUGAUGAUCAAAAGGUUCGCUCAGCUGCAGAUAUUGCUCUCCUGGCCGAGUGCAACAUGAAAUUAGUUAUUGCCUUGAGUCUUUUGGAAGAAUGUUUCUUGCCUAUUUUCGAUCCGAGAACGGGGAUAGACAUAAUGCCCCCUAUGGUGUAUAACUGGAGGUCCAACUUUGUACAUUUGGACUACAAGGGGUUCUAUACUAUAGUCCUGGAAAAGGAUGACAGCAUUCUUUCUGUGGCGUCCAUCAGGUUACAUGGUGCAAGUGUAGCAGAGAUGCCUCUGAUAGCUACUUGUUCUGAGAAUCGGCAACAGGGGAUGUGCAGGCAACUGGUGGAUUACAUCGAGGAGAUGCUGAAAGCGCUGAAGGUGGAAAUGCUGCUUCUAUCCGCAAUACCAAACCUAGUUGAUACGUGGACAUCAGCAUUCGGGUUCAGGCCGAUAGAUGACUCUGACAAGAAGAAGCUGAGCAGGGUCAGGCUGGUCUCAGUCCCUGGAACUGUUCUACUGAAGAAGGAUCUGUACGAAUGUUCAGAAACCGAAGCAGGGGACGGCAUGGAGCACCUCUCACGUGGCCACCAGUUGUCGUCGGCGCAAGGAACUCCAUCCGUCGCCAAGUCCAAACAUCCGCAGCCGUCGUCUGAAGUUAUCGUUCCAGUUUGCGCGACGGAGAACAGCCUCGUUGAUGAGCUAGGAGGCUUGAUGAUCGGCCCGGAGCGUGUCGGUCCUCCGUCAGCUGUUGCCCUUGGUAAACGUCCUGCAAAUUAGACCUCCUUAGCGCGUGGUACUGUCUUUGCGCUGUGUAAAUUAUGUUACCGUCGAUGAUGCGAGGUACAUGUUGAGGCCGGCACCUGGCUUCGCUGUGCUGGCUGAGCCCUGAACC